AACAAAAAACAAAAAAAAAGUCAAGAAGGUGACCCAAAUAAAUAGCGUUGGGGCCAUACCAUAUUACGCCACCCAACGGUUAUAUUAUAUCAUCUCACACUCCCACCAUAUAUUACACGAACCCGCACCAAUUUUAACUCUCGGCGGUCUUUUUCUUGUCACCCAUGGCCAAACCACACUCUCACUCCUCACUCCCACUCUCGCUACUACUCCUCUCACUCCUCCUCACUCCUUCCGUCCAACAAACUCACAAAAUCUCCACCGUCGAUCUCCGCGCCCUGAUCGCCAUAAAAAACUCCUUCACCGACGUCCCCUCCCGCCGCGGCUCCCCCGCCGCAUUCUUCUCCACCUGGAACUUCUCCGCCCCCGACCCCUGCUCCACAUUCACCGGCCUCACGUGCGCCUCCGGCCGCGUCACCACCCUCACCCUCGGCACCGGCCUUUCCGACUCUCCUGGUCUCGCUGGUUCGCUCCCGCCCUCCAUCGCCGACCUCACCGAGUUGACUCAGCUCAUUCUCUUCCCCGGAAUCGUCACCGGUCCUAUUCCCUUCCAGCUAGACCGGCUCGCCAGCCUCCGAGUCAUCUCCCUCACCAACAACCGCCUCACCGGCCCGAUACCUCAGUCCCUCUCUCUCCUCCCCAACCUCCACACCCUCGACCUCAGCUACAACCGCCUCGCCGGACCAAUUCCGCCUGGUCUGACCCGUUUACCCAAGCUCAAGGUCCUCAUCCUCGCCUCCAAUUCCCUCUCCGGCGAGGUCCCCUACGAAGUGUCGUCCCAGCUCCUUCACCUGGACUUAAAACGCAACGGCCUCACCGGCCCGUUGCCGCCUUCUCUCCCGACGACUCUCCGCUACGUGUCGCUCUCUGAAAACGACAUGUCAGGCCCCAUCGGCUCCGUCUUCGACUCGCUCGCCGAUUUAGUCCACCUAGAUCUCGGGUCCAACCGUUUCGGUGGGCCCCUCCCUCAAACUCUGUUCCGCACGAACCUCCAGUCCCUCCUGUUGCAACGGAACAAUCUCUCCGGGUGGGUCCCGCCAGCAGGGUCCCAGCCGCCAUCGUACGGCGAGGGUUCGAUCGUGGAUUUGAGCCACAACGUCAUAACGGGUGAGCUGUCGCCGAUCCUGGCGGGUGUUGAGAGCUUGUAUUUGAACAACAACCGUCUGAUCGGGACGGUACCGAGGGAGUACGUUAAGAGCGUGUACGUGGGGAUCACCAAAACGUUGUACCUGCAACACAAUUACAUUUACCGGUUCGCGGUGGAGCCCGGGUCGAUGUUGCCCGAUACGGUGUCGUUGUGCUUAAGUUACAACUGCAUGGUGCCGCCGGCGGGGAUGGAGGCGUGCCCGGCCAACGCGGGAACGGAUCUGUCGCGGCCGUCGUCGCAGUGCUCGGUGUUUAACUACGGCUAAUGUGGAGAACUGAUGAUUUAGCUACUAUAAUUAGGGAGGUUUGAGCAACUUAUUAACAUUAUUAAUUCGUUUGUCUUAAUAUAGUUACAGAUUUGUAUUUUCCACGUUGGUAUUUGUAAAUAGUAAAAAGAAAAAUAUUAUGUUCGUUUUACUUUUAGAGUGAUGUUAUUCCCAUCCUAAUAUCUUAUCUUCCCACCCAUCUUUUAAUGAAAAUUUUAAUUACAAAUUU